UGAUGCUCUGUAUUUAAUUCUUGCAUUUUUGUAUUUAUAUGUACUUCUUUUGAUUCAUACAAUGCAGUUAAACUGAAGUUCGAACUUUGCAUAACAGGACUAAAGUUUCAAGAUCACUCCUUGCUUCGGCUCUCUCUUUCCUCGAUUUGGUCUAGCUUCAGGGCUCUUCACAGAGCCAUUGAUGUCAAACCGCAUAGCAAACGCAUCGGUUGAAGGUGACAUACGGAUGUCAGAGAGGAGAACUAGCAACGAAGGAGAAGUUGUCAUCAACGUCUCAGAAGCGUCGAGAGACCCAUCAGCAUCUCCUUCCAAUGUAGCUGAGUCAGAUGCGGGGACUGCAAAACCAGAACCGCUAAGCAUCCCACCUCCUGAAAUCUAUAAGUUCUCUGGCAGCGUUCACAAGCCGCCUAAAGUUCCGGGUCCAAACAAUGAAGGUCUAACUCGGAGAAAAUCUCUAGCGAGGUCGGUUUACUCCAAGCCCAACUCAAGGUUUGGGCAACAACAGUCCUAUCGGUUCGAUAAGAUAGCGGAGGAACACGGUGGAAGUCUUAGGGAACAUUUUGGAGCUGCCUCGUUUUCGAGGAACUCUUUUGAUAGGGCUUCCCCUAAUAACAAAUCCAAUAGGAGUGUUUGCUCAAAUGCCAUGAGUAAAGUUGCUGAGGAGGAAGCUGACGAAAACGAAGAGAUCUACAAGAAGGUUAAGCUACACCGAGUGAAGCGUGGUGGAGUGAAACCUCUGGCUCUGCUUGACUUGCUACUGUUUGUGGCCAUUCUUUGCACUUUGGUCGUGAGUUUAACAGUUGAUACGGUGAAGGAUCAUUCCAUUUGGGGAUUGGAAGUUUGGAAAUGGUGCGUUCUUGUGAUGGUGACGUUUAGCGGAAUGUUGGUGACGAACUGGUUCAUGCACUUUGCGGUGUUCAUCAUAGAAAAGAACUAUCUCCUACGUAAAAAAGUUUUAUACUUUGUGCAUGGUUUGAAGAAGAAUGUUCAAGUCUUCAUUUGGUUCAGCUUGAUUCUGGUUGCUUGGGUCUUUCUCUUCGACCAUGACGAGAGACGCUCUCGUAAGACCACCAAGUUUCUCGACUUUAUAACAUGGACUAUUGUCUCCCUUCUGGUCGGCUCAAUCAUUUUCUUGGUGAAGACAUUUGCCUUGAAAGUCCUUGCUUCAAAGUUCAACGUCAGAAACUUCUUCGAGAGGAUUCAAGAGUCUGUCUUCCACCAGUACGUCCUCCAGACACUCUCGGGACCUCCACUUAUAGAAGAGGCCGAGAAUGUUGGGCGCGUGCCAAGCACGGGCCAUCUUAGUUUCACUAGCACCAAGAAUGGAACGGUGAAAGGGAAAAAAGUGCUUGAUAUGGGAAAGGUUCACAAGAUGAAACAAGAGAAGGUCUCUGCUUGGACAAUGCGAGUUUUGAUUGAAGCAGUUGGAGCUUCAGGUCUCUCAACCAUAUCCAACACUUUGGAUGAGGUUAGCAAUGAGAAAGAGAAAGCUGAUAAAGAGAUAACUAGUGAGAUGGAGGCUGUGGCUGCUGCUUAUGAUAUCUUCAACAAUGUUGCUCAGCCAGACAACAAUUAUAUAGAGGAAGAUGACUUGCUAAGGUUCAUGAUUAAGGAAGAGGUAGACCUUGUACUACCUUUAAUAGACGGUGGCGAGACUGGAAAAAUCACACGCAAUGCUUUUACAGAUUGGGUGAUUAAUGUUUACACAAGUCGGAAAUCAUUAGGACAUUCACUGAACGAUACAAAGACAGCGGUUAAACAGGUGGACAAACUUAUAACUGGAGUCCUGUCAGUUAUCACCUUCAUCAUUUGGUUGGUGCUACUGGAUAUAGCAACAACCAAGAUUUUGGUGGUUAUGUCUUCACAAUUCGUGGGUCUUGCUUUUAUGAUCGGAAGUACUUGCAAGAAUAUCUUUGAAUCCUUUGUGUUUGUCUUUGUGAUGCAUCCUUAUGACGUAGGUGACCGUUGUGUUGUCGACGGUGUACUGUUGCUGGUUGAAGAAAUAGAUCUUUUAACUACCGUGUUCCUCAAGCUUGACAACGAGAAAGUGUUUUACCCAAAUGCGAUUUUAGUCUCGAAACCAAUAAGCAAUUUUUACAGAAGUCCAGAUAUGGGAGAUUCAAUAGAAUUCUCCAUUGCCUUUGCAACGCCGGCCGCGAAGAUCGCCACUCUCAAGGAGAAAAUAGCAGAAUUUUUGGUGCAGAACCCACAAAACUGGUAUCCAGAACCAAUGUUGAUGGUGAAGGCGAUUGAGAAUGUGAACAAGCUGAAUUUGAAUCUGCUCGUACAACAUACCAUGAACUUCCAAAACUUCGGAGAGAAGAACCUCAGAAGAACCGGGCUGAUCAUUGCUCUUAAGCGAAUACUUGAGGAGCUUGAGAUUGAUUACACUCUUCUUUCUCAAGAAGUUCACCUCACUGGUCACAAAUGAGUGCUAGACCACUCUCCUUUCUUUCCUUUGUUUUUGCAUUUAUUCAAGUAGUACUAGUUAAGUAGUUAGCUUCAUUUGCUUCCGUUUAAUUAUGAACUCAAAAAACUUAAUGAGGUUUCCGUUUCUCUUUGAGUACCAGCGUUAGAUUUUUGUAUGGUUUCCUUUUUUAAACUUUGUGGUACUACAGCUGGGCGAUCUGAC